AAGGUGGUGGUAAGAUUAGAGAGGAAUCCCGAAGCCGCUGUCCUAGUUUUGGUACCGUUUUCUGUUUGGAUGCUCCUACUUAUGCUCCCAUCUGCUUCUGGUUUAAUAUUAUAAGGUACAUACCCAUAUCCCUCCAUAAGCUAGCAAGCAUCCCCUCCAGUUGUACAAAGAGUUGUAGUUGAUGGGCCAUGGGCGCUUCUGAUUUGGUAGAUGAAAAUCAUAGUGAAAUCAAUGGCAGCAGCAACAGCCGAGGACACCCAGUAGCAGUAGCAAACAAUACAUCAGAUGGGAAAAUGAUGAGGAAGAGAAUGGCUUCUGAGAUUGCUGACAACCAAAGGUUCCCUCGCCGCACCCUUGCCUCAGAGCCUGAGCCUGAUAACAACACGGUUUGCUCUUUCUUGCCAGCGCCAGCAUCAUCUAAUCCACUCCUCAACCACUCCACUAUCAAGAUGAAUACCGCCAUUUUUCCUUCUGCAAACUUCAUCGCCGUGACGUCAGGCGGGCCUGCUGUUUUAUCUACAACCACUUCUACUUUUACUUGCAUCGAUACCAUUUCCACUAGUAAACCUCACCCCCCGGCUAUCUGUGGUUUCUCGGGUUUGCCUUUAUUUCCACCAACGGACAGAAACCGAAACUCCGUCACCGCAACUACUGCCUCAGACUCAGUUAUUAUAUCUCCGAUCUCUAAUUCGAUGGAUGACACUUCAGCUACAGUGUGGAUUGACGGUGUCAUAAGGGAUCUCAUCCACACCUCGUCUAACGUCUCCAUUUCUCAAAUCAUCCACAACGUCCGGGAGAUCAUCUACCCUUGCAACCCGAACCUCGCUACGCUCCUGGAGUACAGGCUUCGCUCUCUAGUGGAUCCAGUUGAAAGGAGAAGUAAGGAGGGCGAGGCAUCCUUGUUGCAGAGGAACCAUAGUCAGCAGCAAGGCUCCUCUGGACUCACUUUUAACUUGGACCCCGCCCUAGGUAGCCUUCCUAACUGCUCUUUGCCCGAAUCUUGUUCCAUGAGCCAGUACUUGAACUGGGAGAUAAAUCCACUCUCCGUUUCUAACAGCGCAGUCGCUACCCAACACCAGCAUCACAAUCAGAUUAGCAGUAGCCCUUCUGCGACUACACCACCGGUUCUUUCCCUAUGUCAGACACCUCCUCAUCACCAACAGACUCGGUUGCAGCAGCCGCUUCCAGUUCCAGAAGAAAACCCUUCCCCAGUUGAGAAGACUACUCCCUCGACGACUGCUUGCACAACGCCCACGUCCACUUUUCAAAUAGUCCAAGCAUGCAGCGCCAGAGACAGGAAAGAGGAGAUACGGCAGCAAAAGAGAGACGAAGAAGGAUUGCACCUCUUGACCUUACUCCUGCAGUGUGCUGAGGCGGUUUCAGUUAAUAAAUUUGAGGAAGCAAAUAGGAUGCUGUUAGAGCUGUCGCAACUGUCAACGCCAUUUGGGACGUCUGCUCAGCGCGUGGCAGCGUAUUUCUCAGAGGCUAUGUCAGCAAGGCUAUUGAGCUCAUGCCUGGGAAUAUGCGCUACGCUUCCACCGAAUCCACAGUCACAGAGCCAUACCCAAAAGAUAGUGUCGGCAUUCCAGGUGUUCAACGGGAUAAGUCCAUUCGUCAAGUUCUCGCAUUUCACAGCCAAUCAGGCCAUACAAGAGGCGUUCGAAAGGGAGGAGAGAGUGCACAUCAUAGAUCUCGACAUAAUGCAAGGCCUGCAGUGGCCAGGGCUGUUUCACAUACUGGCCUCAAGACCAGGCGGGCCGCCGCACGUGCGCCUCACGGGGUUGGGAACCUCCUUGGAGGCCCUGGAGGCAACCGGUAAACGUCUAUCUGAUUUCGCCGACAAACUGGGGCUCCCCUUCCAAUUUUACCCGGUGGCGGAUAAGGUGGGGAAUCUGGAACCCGAGAGACUCAAGGUUAGCAAGACGGAGGCAGUAGCAGUUCACUGGCUGCAGCACUCUCUUUACGACGUGACUGGUUCAGAUACCAACACGCUGUGGCUCUUGCGAAGGUUGGCACCCAAAGUAGUGACGGUAGUAGAACAGGACUUGAGGAGGCAGGAAGGACCAUUUUUGGGAAGGUUUGUGGAAGCCAUACACUACUACUCAGCGGUAUUUGAUUCACUAGGGGCAAGCUACGGGGAAGAGAGCGAGGAGAGGCACGUGGUGGAGCAGCAGCUACUAUCGAAGGAGAUACGAAAUGUUCUGGCUUUAGGAGGAGGUUCCAUGAAAUUUCAUAAUUGGAGGGAGAAGCUGCAGCAGUGUGGGUUCAAGGGUAUAUCCCUUGCUGGCAAUGCCGCGACGCAGGCCACCCUGCUCUUAGGCAUGUUCCCAUCUCAUGGUUAUACUUUGGUUGAGGACAAUGGCGCCCUCAAGCUUGGUUGGAAAGACCUUUGUUUGCUCACUGCUUCUGCCUGGAGGCCAGGCGAGGACACCCUUCCAUUCCAAUUCCAUGCUAAUUAAUUAAUAGGUUAUAUUCCGCAUGCCACAGUUAUGAAUUUUAAUUUGGUAUCGAUAACUGAAUUUUAAUUUGGUAUUUUUUAUCAUUGUAUUUUUUUUAAUAUUAAAAGUUCAUUAAUCAUUAAAUAA